GAUGUCGGCAGCCCAGCCCACGAAGCGCCCUCUCGGCGAGUGCAUCUAGUCAGUGACGUCGCUCCUGCCCCGCGGGCGACCGCCAGCUCAGCCGCUUCCACGACACACACGCAGGCCCUCUCCCGGGAAACUACAUCUCCCGACAGCCACGCGGCCUGCUUCCUUCCUCCUCUCCCAUUCCAAGCCAUGGCAACGGCGUGACGUGAGGGACAGGGAGCCGCGGGAACAGCGGUCGCGGCUCCAGUUUUAGUCCACUCGGCAGCCAGGGAGGAGGAGGCCGAGAGCGGCCCGGCCCAGCGCCGCCCCAGCUUCAGGACCCCGAGAUCGCCCGCCGCUCGCCGCCACCUCCCUUUGGAGCGAGGAGCGCGCAGCCGGCGCCGGGGCGGUGGUUCGAGGCCAGGGCGAGAAGGUGGCGCGCAUGGCCUCGGCGGGCGCGCGGCGGCUGCCGGCCGGGACGCGCGCGGCGGCCCAGCGCUGGGGCGGGCUCCCUCUCCGGUGCACGCGCCCAGCCCCGCCCCCGAACCCGCCACGACCAAUGAGAUUUCUGAUCUCCUGCAGCCUCCUCUUGCCCCGGGCUGUCCCAGUUGGGAGUGAGGCUGGCUUACCUGCCAGGCGUUCCUUCAUGGGCUUUGCUGCCCCCUUCACCAACAAACGAAAAGCAUACUCUGAGCGUAGGAUCAUGGGGUACUCAAUGCAGGAGAUGUUCGAGGUGGUGUCCAAUGUCCAGGAGUAUCGUGAGUUUGUGCCCUGGUGUAAGAAGUCUUUGGUAGUGUCCAGUCGUAAAGGUCACCUGAAAGCCCAGUUGGAGGUUGGCUUCCCACCUAUCCUGGAACGUUAUACCUCAGCUGUUUCCAUGGUCAAACCUCACAUGGUCAAGGCGGUGUGCACUGAUGGUAAGCUCUUCAACCACUUAGAGACCAUUUGGCGGUUCAGACCUGGUCUUCCUGCUUACCCCCGAACUUGCACUGUGGACUUUUCGAUAUCCUUUGAAUUUCGUUCUCUGCUGCACUCCCAGCUGGCCACGAUGUUUUUUGAUGAGGUUGUCAAACAGAAUGUCGCUGCUUUUGAGCGCCGGGCAUCCACCAAGUUUGGUCCAGAAACAGUCAUCCCCCGUGAACUGAUGUUCCAUGAGGUGCACCACACUUGAGGCAAAGGACUGUUCCCUGACCUCUUCUAUUUUCCCUCCCCAUCCACUUUAAUUUAUUUCAUCUGGUUCCUGCUUAUUCUGAGAGGUCUGUUCAUAACAGAAAUUGCUGUAAACUGGCUGGAAAGGCUGGGGUAUGGAAAGUAGACAGCCUAUGAAAGGGUCAUAAAAGCCUCAUAUGCCUGCAGCUUUUUCACACUGAAUUGUAAUCAGGACUGACUACAUGGUUGCCUCUGAACCUUGUCAAGGUGCCUUAUCGUUUGAAAAGUCUAAGGGAUUAAAUUAUGCUUUUUCCCUCUGA